AUGAUUUACGUUAUUUUGUCUAUGGUUUUUUUAAUAUUAUUGUUGGUAGGCCUUUUCUUGUCCUUCAUUGGCUGUUUGGUCAAUUCCGCACUUAUGACGCUUUUCUGUGAUGAGAUCCCUUCUGCCGUCGUGCCUUCUUCAUUGUUGUGUCAUGUUGUGGUGUUUCAUGUUGUGGUGUGUCCUGUUGUGGUGUGCCCUGUUGUGGUGCGUCUCGUUGUUGCGCGUCCUGCGUCUGUCGUGGUGUCCUCUUCUUUGGUUGCUCCUUCAUCGGCUUCUCCUGUGCAGUCUCGUCCUUCUGUUGGCCUUUUAAGGCCUUCAUUUGCCUCUUCAUUGUCUGGCCCAUUUGUUUUCGGUGCGGCGGUUGACCGGUCUUCGGCGUCAAUUUUUUCUUCUUCUCCUGGGGGCGUGGUAGCCAUUUCUGCGAGUUCCGCUGUUGGAUCCCUUCCUAUGUUCUCUGCUGACAAUGCCUUCUUCGAGAACUUAGCUGACCAAGAUGACGUUAAGUCAGAUAUAAUCAAGAGUACCCUCUUCAUCCAGAACAUUGCCAUUCGAAAUUUGGAGUGGGCGUGCCAUGAAUGUCUAAAACAUUUUUUAACUCGAUGUUUCCUACAUCUUAAGGCAUUAGCAGAAAAUUGGCGGUAA